AUGUUUCUGAGAAGGAAACCGCCCCAGCUACUGGUGCUAGAGGAGCUUCAGCAAACCUACAAUGAUGUUUGCAACCUGUCGGUCAAGAAUCUCCACUUGGAGGAAACUGGCAAUUUGGCCGAUGCACUCAAGGGCUGGAAAUCUCUUCACACCCUGUUGCUUUACAAGGUGGAUUUGUUUGAAAAAAGCUCCAAGAUUAACAUGGAGGAACAGGCUAUCUUGACCGAACUUAAGGCCAUACGAGACGAGAACGUCAAGCACUUGGUCCGCAUACAGCUUCGCCUAGAUGAGGAAAAUAGACGGCGCAAGCGAGCAGGAGAGGUGCUGGCGCUGCAACCGCAACAAAGCACAAACGCUUCCUCGCAUAAGUUAACCAUACCAUCCUUAAGAAACAGCAACCCAACGUCAAGAUCGUUCAAUUCUAGCAACCAAAGGCAGAUGGUGAAGUCGCUAAGGCCACAGCAAGCGUCAUAUAAGCUUUCACAGAAGAAUAGAGAUACCGUGCAAGCUGCUGUGAGUAAGUCGUGGAAUAAACCCAAAGCAGUUCCUGCUAAACAAGAGGAGGUACUUUUCGAUGAUUUUGACCAGAACGAGUAUCUGGAGAAUGGAAACGGCUCUAAUUGGGAGAGGCUCAAUUCUCAAGGGCUGCACUCAACUUCCAACGGUCUGUUCAACUCGCAAUCAAGUAAUCUUAUAGACUUGGAAGACGAAAAUAACGAACUCAACUUUUUUGACGAAGAAAUCAGCAGGCUGAUGGGCGACUUGAGCAUGAAGAAACUGCCGCCUCCGCCACCUCCACCAAGAUCUCGCCAUUCGAGUGUGAACCCUCCCUCAAAACCACCCCCUGCUCCUACUGAAUCACCUCCUCCUCGUCCUAGCUCUCUUGAAAAACCGGCAGUAAACUAUACAUCUAAGUCCACCUCAGAUGUGCCCAAGACAGCAGCACCGAAAAAGUAUGUCUACACGCAGCCUACUCGGAUAGAUGUCAAGAAGAUGAUGGCUGCAAGCAGCAACAAGAGCAAACAGACGCAGUCGAGGCCAGCUGCUGCGAAAGCCACGGCAGCAUCAACGAAACCUUUGCAGAAGACACGUUCCGCUCCGCCUCAAAAGGCUCCUAGUAAGGCUGCUUCGAAGAUUGGUCUGAAGAGCACCAACAUCACGUACAACUAUAGACCUGCCAAUGCCAAACCCACUACUAGUGCAGCCGCUAAACCCAAGCAAAAGUUGCCUAAGGAUUUACCGGACGACUUGCCAACGUCUCCGACCAUGGAUGAUAUCCUCGGUGGUUACGAUACAGAAGACGCAUUUGCCAAUGGCGAGUCUGCAGAUGACGACAUGAAUGCAUCGGAACAAGAGGCACUAAUUAAAUCUAUUCGUGGUAUCGACGAGAUAGCGGCGAAUCAAAUCUUGAACGAUAUAGUUGUCAGGGGCGACGAAGUUUACUGGGAUGAUAUCGUUGGACUUGAAAGUGCCAAAAACUCACUCAAGGAAGCUGUAGUCUACCCAUUCUUACGUCCAGACUUGUUUAGAGGGCUUCGAGAGCCCACGAGAGGUAUGCUUUUAUUUGGUCCCCCUGGAACUGGUAAGACAAUGCUUGCCAGAGCUGUUGCCACAGAGUCCAAGUCCACAUUCUUUUCGAUCAGUUCAUCUUCAUUAACGUCCAAGUAUCUUGGUGAAAGUGAAAAACUCGUGAAGGCUCUAUUCUUACUCGCUCGAAAGUUAAGUCCGUCCAUUGUAUUCAUUGAUGAAAUUGACUCUCUUCUUGGAACCCGAACAGAGGGCGAGGUUGAGAGCAUGAGAAGAAUCAAAAACGAAUUUUUGGUACAGUGGUCGGAACUAUCAUCUGCAGCUGCUGGAAGAGAUUCUUCUGCUGAUGUCAGUCGAGUUCUUAUAUUGGGUGCCACUAACUUACCGUGGGGAAUCGACGAUGCUGCGAGAAGAAGAUUUGCUAAAAGAGUAUACAUUCCACUUCCUGAAGAUGAGACGAGAAAAUUACAACUUCAGAAACUUUUGCAGUACCAAAAGCAUACACUUCUGGAAGAGGAUUUCGACAAGCUAGUGGAGCUUACGCAGAAGUUUAGUGGAAGUGACAUCACAUUGUUGGCCAAGGACAGUGCCAUGGGUCCGCUUCGUUCGCUCGGCGAUAAAUUGCUCAGUACUCCGACAGAAGAAAUUCGGCCUAUACAGCUUUCGGAUUUUAUCGAGAGUUUAAAGUAUAUCAGACCGAGUGUAUCUGAAGAGGGGCUUGGUGAAUAUCAAAAGUGGGCUGACCAAUUUGGCUCAUCUGGGGCUUAA